AUGGACCAAUCUCUGUUCCUCAUCCUGUUGUUCUCAGGGCUGUCCAUCCUCCCCUCAUCCUUCCCUCAUCAGUUCCACUUUGUGAACUUGAUAAAGAACUGGACUGAAGCUCAGACUGUCUGCAGACAGAACUACACUGACCUGGCGAACAUCAAUGACAUGGCAGAUAUGAAGAAGCUCAAUAACACAGUAGAAGCUGAUCGGAUAGGAUCAGCCUGGAUAGGGCUGUAUCUCAGCAGCUGGAGGUGGUCUCUGGGAGACAGAGCGUUAGAUGGGGAGAGAUUUUGGGCCCCAGGACAUCCAAAAAAUGAUCCCAACAACAUAGAGUUCUGCGUGUCUAUGAAGCAAAAUGCGUCUUGGCAGGAUGACAACUGUAGCCGUGAAUGGUAUUUUGUCUGCUAUGAUGAAGAUAAUGUGACCAAUAAGUACAUUCUCAUCCAUGAAAUUAAGACUUGGAGUGAAGCUCAGAGAUACUGUCGGUGGAACCACACAGACCUGGCCAGUGUGAGGAACACAACAGAGAGGGACGCCAUCAAGAGUAUCUUACUAAAAUCUGAUUACAAUCAAACAGUGUGGAUUGGCCUGAAUAAAUCUCUUGGAGUCUGGUCAGACCAGAGUGGCUCCUCCUACAGGAACUGGGACUCAGAGGAGCCGAAUGGGGCAGGUAGGGGAAAAGAGGAAGGAGACUUCUGUGGUGAAGUAACAUCGUCUGGAAAGUGGAACGAUAAAGGAUGUACUCAGACACAACCCUUUAUUUGCUACGAUGAUGAACUGGUCCUGGUCUCAGAGAACAAGACGUGGUCUGAAGCCCUGUGGCACUGCAGAGAUCUGGACAUGGAGCUGGUGUCUGCCCACAACCAGAACAUCCAGCACUGGGUCCAACAGAGAGCCAAGAAGGCCUCCACUCCCUUCGUCUGGCUGGGCCUGAGGUACACCUGCACCCUGGACUUCUGGUUCUGGGUCAAUGGAGAAGAGUCCUGCUACCACAACUGGGCCGGCGGGGAGGGCUACGACACCAUCAAGGAGCAGUGUGGGAACACGGGGGCCAUACAGAGAGACGGGGGACAGUGGGUCGGCAAGUCUGAGACUGAGAGAUUCAACUUCAUCUGCAGCAACAGUACUGGUGAGAUUUGA